CUGAACGCACUUCACGAGUUUGGGGCUGCAAUGAGCAAAGUUAAGAUUUCUGGGUUCAUCAGCCUCCUGAAGGGCUACCACCGGUGGAAAAGAGGCAAGACUCUCAGCACCUUGAUGCUGGCCUACAGCAGCGUGGCCGUCCAUGCUCCAAAAGACCAGCUUCUCUCCCGAGUAGAGGCAGACAUCACAGGGAGCAUCCUUCUCCAUUACAGAAGCAGUUGUCAGGACAUGUACCUAAAAUUAACCUUCAUCCACAAUGUCAUGGAGAUUAGCUGUGCCAUCUUGGAGACCAGAGACUCCCAGGAGUUUGAAUUCUCUUACAAACUGGAGCUCCUUGGCUACAUGCUGGACUUCAUUAAAAAAGAACCACUGGAUUCCCUGGCAUCUCCAGUUCGCUACAAGGCAAUUCUUGCCAUUGGACAUCUGAGCAAACUCAAACCAUCUCUGACCUUGGAGGGAAACCGUGAGCUCCUUGAUCAGUGCUUCAAAAGUUUAUUUCCCCUUCCUCCUUUAGAGAUGAUGAAAAAGGAAAGCGAGACAGCAAAGGAUGCUCUGCUUAUAGAAUCGCUCUACGUGAGGUCCUUGGAAGCCCUUGACAAGCUAAUGGAGACUUUGCUGGAGGAAGAACCAACCACCAACUGGUUCCAGGAAAUGUUUGAACUCCUAGCGACAUGGUUCAGUUCAGGGAAGGAGUGGGAGAGGGAAAGGGCCUUUCAGGCCAGCACCCGGCUGCUGACUGCCUAUCAAGAGACCGUUCAUAGCACAACUCAGGAAACUUUUAAUCAGUUUGGAUCUCUGAUUGGACGAAUAGCACCAUACAGCUGUGAUUCACUGGCCACGUCCCGUCAGUGGGUGGUUGACUGUAUCUGCUGCCUUCUCAGUAUGCAAGGCCAGCCCAUGAACCUGGGGUCAGCGGAGGAGGAGCUGAGCUGUCUCUGUGAAGAACUAACAACAGCUCCAGACCCUGAGGCUCUGUUUCAGGCAUCUUCCAAAAUGGCCAGGGCUGUUAGUGAGUACUUCCCUUCCGAACAGGCUGCAGACUUUAUUGAGACCACAAUGGAUAGUAUGCUGUCUGCUAACCCCACCUGUGCCACGGCAGCUGGGCUAUGGAUGAAGAUCAUCCUAAAGGAAUGUGGAGAUGCCAUGCUGGACCAGGUGCCAGCUAUCCUGGAUAUAAUAUAUAGCCACAUGUCUAAUAUCCAGGAGGGCAGCUUGAGGCAGUUCCUGCUGGAGGCAGUGCUCAUUCUAGCUCACCAGCACCUAGAGGCAGUGAUCUCCAGCCUCCUCAGCAAACGUCUGCCGAUGGACAGUGACACCACUGAGCUGUGGAGAUCUCUGGGGGGAGACCCCUUGCUUGCCACUCAAGUCCUACAGGUCCUAAUAGAAAAAAUAAAGACGUCAACAAGCCAAGAAGGAAGCGUCACCUCAGAGACUGAAACUGACAGGCAUUUGGCAGUUGCUGAACCUCUUUCAGCAACAUGUGCCAUCUUUGAGGUGGUAUCAGCACUGCAGUCGAGCAAAGCUGUGCAGGAGCUGCUCCCAGAGUUGUUUCCUGUUCUCCUGCAGCAGGUUUUCUGUCCAAGCAUUUGAAUCCAUG